AGAAAGAGCCUCAUGGCGCUGAUGCUGCCAUUUCAUCAGUACCAGAAACAACUCGUCCUGAUGCCACAACCACAGCUGAACAAGGUCAACCGUCUGCGUGCACGUUAUCAGGACAGGCCGUCGGUCCAUGCCAGGAUAUUUGGGCCGAACUUUCUAUUCUUCAACAAGAUCUAGACGAAAUAUCCCCAUUGCCUCAAAGGCUACAUCUGUUUGAUGCUGAAACUCAGCAAACCUUAACCACCUUCAUCAACCUCAUUAACACCCCAGUUGAAGAAAUCAUUCUCCACAAACCUGAUGAAACCUUGGCCUGUCUUUCUGCUGUUGUAAACCUCUCCCCUAAUCCUUUCAACCCCAUUCAACUAAAGCAAUUGGCCAAGAUCAUCACGGAAUGGCCAACCCUUUCAGAGAUGGUUCAGACUUGCUCGAAGGAUAUUCAAACCAAUAAGGAUUUCCUAAACGAAGCCCACACCAUAUCUACUUCACUCAAACUCAGCCAGCAAACCUCUGCAGCCAUUCUUCAGCAACACUCAGCACUUGAACUUGAGGAAGCCAAACUCAUGGCAGAACUUGCCUCUGUCCGGCAAAGAAAGGCUCAUCUGCAGCAGCAACAUGACUAGCUUAAUCAAGAAGCAAGGAUGAUGCUCUCCCAAAUUAGACAUCGUUCUGCAUCCAUUCAGACAACUAAAGCUGAGUUGGACCAAGCCCAAGCCAUGCUGGCAGAUGCUCAAUCAAAGUGGGGUGUUCUAGCCAUUCUGUUCCCCAAAUCCUAGGCUAGUUUAUAUAUGUAUUCUUUUGUAUUGCACACCUAGGAAUGAUUUGGAAAGGUAGGAAUGAUUGCCUUUUUAAUGAUAAGAUUGUUGAUGGGCCUGAAUUGGCUGAGACGGUGAAAGUGAGGGUUGCACUUUGCUGUAAGCAAAGUUAUAGAGGCCUACAGUAUUCAGUGGACGACAUAUUUUGGAUUGGGGAAAGUUAUUGGAGGUCUGCUGCGGGCCUUGUUGUAACUGUAUUGAAGGAUCAGGCUCAAGUCUCAAUGGAGGUUGAAAGUUCAGGCUCAAGUUUCAAUGGUGGCUGUAUGGUCUGAAGUUUGUUCAUGCUGCCUUGGAAUUUCAUCUGGUUGCCCUGUUAUGUGGUUUUG